UGGCGGCUGUUCGGAAACCGCAUUAACUUUAUACCAUACUAGUAAUAACCAGUGGCAGCAACCGUGUACGCCUUUUUUCUUGCAGUGCAUUUAGAAAUAUCUGAAUGUUGCAAUUUCAAUAUGACUUAAGGUCAUGUUGAGUUUUAUAUCUAUAUAAGCAGGACUCCUUCCAAAAGGCAAACAUUAGCUGGACACGACUUGGAAUGGUGAAGGCAAGGAACAAAGAGUAUUGAUACAGUCUUGAUUUUACGCUAAUGAUAAUUGUAUGUGCUUUUCCACUUUCAUUUAGUGUAGUACUAUAAUUGGCCUUUUUAAGUGAGUAGGGCUCUACAUUAAGCUUUUAGCCAACGUCGUUUCACCAAACCUGUGUAAAGUCAGUGAGUGUAACGUUAAGGUUAAUCUAGCUAUCCAAAGACAACAUAGCUAUCGUAUUGCGAUCUCAAUUAGCUAGUCCGGAGACUCAAAUUAACCAUUUCAUUUGUUGUUGUUUGAACUUAAAAUAGGUUAGUUUAAGUAAAGUUACCGUUGAAAACACGCGCCUUCCAAGUGCUUGUUUACUAUCCAAUGGAGCCAAGGGGCGCUGCAGUAACGUCACAGUUGGUGAUUUUCUGAUGGGUCUAAAACGUUAACCUUAAUACUCAGCGGCGUUAAAUACAUGCAUUAUUGGACAGAGCUCGGUUUCCAGUUAUAAUGGAUGAUUCCAAGCCGAGGUACAGCAAAAGGCUGCGGGCUGGUACCAGACGACGUUACCAUGACGAUGGCAUCUCAGAUGAGGAAAUUGAUGGAAGGAGGAUGUUUGAUCUGGAGGAGAAAGUCCACAGUCAGAGGUUCAGCUCUAACCGGGUCUUGCGCAUGGAAGGAAAAGACUUGACAUUUGAGUUCAUCCAGAGAGGCGGCCUGAGGGACCCAAUCGUCUUUGAGAAGCCUGAUGGACUGGGACUCAAGAUGCCCGAUCCUGACUUCAGUGUCAAUGAUGUCAAGAUGUUUGUUGGUAGCAGACGUAUGAUAGAUGUGAUGGACGUGAGCACUCAGAAGGGAACAGAGAUGUCCAUGGCCCAGUGGACGCGUUACUACGAGACCCCUCCAUCUCAGAGAGAGAAGCUCUAUAAUGUCAUCAGCCUGGAGUUCAGCCACACCAAGCUGGAGAACCUGGUCAGGAGACCUACCACGGUAGACCUAAUAGAUUGGGUGGACAACAUGUGGCCUCGUCACCUGAAAGAGAGACAGAGAGACUCAACCAACUCUAUCAAUGACAUGCAAUACCCCAAAGUACAGAAAUACUGUCUGAUGAGUGUCGAGGGCUGCUACACAGACUUUCACAUUGACUUUGGCGGGACCUCAGUGUGGUACCACAUACUCAGAGGGAGCAAGGUGUUCUGGCUGAUCCCUCCCACCCCUCAGAACCUGGAGCUAUAUGAGAACUGGGUGCUGUCGGGAAAACAGGGAGACAUUUUCCUCGGAGACCGAGCAUCUGAAUGCCAGAGGAUUGAACUGAAGCAGGGCUGCACCUUCAUCAUACCCUCUGGUUGGAUUCAUGCCGUCUACACCCCUGUGGACUCUAUGGUGUUUGGAGGAAACUUUCUGCACAGCUUCAACAUCCCUAUGCAACUUAACAUCUGUAAUAUAGAAGACAGAACGCGGGUUCCAUUGAAGUUUCGUUACCCCUUCUUCUACGAGAUGUGCUGGUACGUGUUGGAGCGCUAUGUCUUCAGCCUGACAAAGACCUCCUACCUCACACCAGAGUUUCAGAAACACACGCUGGGCAUUGGUCUGAAGAAGCCGGCAGGCCCAGAUCCAGCUAGUGAACAGGUGAAGGAGGAGGAUAGUGGGGGCAGUGAUGAAGACUCUUCAGAGCAGCAAUCGGAUAAGCCUGCAGUUAAAAUUAAUUUGACUCCCCUUGAACUGGAGGGAAUGUGGAAUCUCCUCGGUAAACUGGAGGCUCUGCCCUCCAACAAAAAGUGUGUCCCAGCGGGCAUACACAAUGCCCCGGCACUCAUUACACAUAUCAAGGCUCUAUUGAAGGAACAUGCCAAUGACAAUCCCAAAAUGUCCUACACAGGAAAACCCAUUGUCAAGUGGCCAAAGCGACCCUCAUGGUACCAGCCGCCGCCUCCUCCACCACCACCUCCUCGUCCUAAAUUGGCCACCAUUCCCAUUAUCCCACGACCACAGAAACCAGCCUCCUCCAUGUCUGUGCUGAGACGGCGCAGAGUCAGGUGUAAGCGCUGUGAAGCCUGUAUGAGACCAGAAUGUGGAGACUGUAACUUCUGCAGAGACAUGAAGAAGUUUGUGUGUGUGUAUGUAUGUAUACCUCCGGGCCUUCCUCUGUCUGCGGUAUGUGAGAUCUGUAAGGAGCCCAAUCAGGAGGAAACCGGAGAUCCCUCCCUCACUCUGAUGGAAUGUUCCAACUGUGCGCAGAUAGUCCAUCCGGCCUGCCUCACGGUUCAGGGUGAAGGAGUGAUGAAUAAAGACCUGCCCAGUUGCUGGGAGUGUCCAAAGUGUGUCCAAGGGAUCACUGACCCAGAGCAGUCUAAAGGAGACAAAGGUGAAGGCCUUCCAUUGAAGCGGAAAUCUUCCUCCCUGUUGGAUGCUCGUAUGGCUAAGAUUUAUCGACGACAGAGACACAGCCGCGAUGGAGACGACUCUGCCAGUGAUGAGGAUGAUGAUGAAGCCUGUCAGAGAAGAAAGGGGGCACUCCAUGCCCGAGGGGGGGGCCACUCUUCCAGGAGGGGGUUUGGUGCCAACAGGAGAGGCCUGCUGAGAGGAGGCUCGGCCCACAGAGGAAGCAGAGGAGGGCUCAUGACUCCCGGCUCUUCCUCUGCCCUCAAGCUAAAGCGAGGGAUGGGCAUGAGGGAGGGAGGACGGAGGGGACGAGGGGUAAGGCUGAGGGGAGGCUCCAGGAUGCAGCGAAGAGGGGACGACUCCGAGGAGUCAGAUGAUGAUGACGAUGACGACGAUGACGAAGACGACGACGACGAGGACAGUGAAGACGGAGACAAAGAACGAGCGCAUCGUCGAUGUAGGAGGAGGCGCAGGACGGAUGAUGAGGAUGAAGAUGAGGACAGUGAUGGGCAGGACUUUGACCCUGAAGAGGACGAGAUGGACACGCUGGAAGAUGAAGAGGAGGAGGAAGAGGAGGAGGUGGAGGAGGAAGGGCGCUGGGAUUCAGAUCCAGAACCCCCAGUCCUCCUGGUGUCGGAUCUGAAUGAUGACCUGCUGGGUGGCUCCUAUCUCACGGUCACUCUGCAGCGCCCCCACAAGGCCAAGAGACACUCUGGCUCAAUUGUUCCAAAGCUAGAAGCAGCCAUGGGUCUGAGGACAGCUGCUGGGGGUGCUGGUGGUCAGCAGGGCUUCAUCCAGAGAAAGACAGCUCUGUCCAAACCUUCACGACUCAAGAGCGCUGACACCACAGCUGACGGCGUUACCCCAAGAGGGCCUGGCAGGCCACGUCUGCGGGGUAACCAUGGCGACCGAGGCGCAAGAGGUCACUCAGCGACUUCUUCAGAGGAAGAUGAAAUUGCUGCUCCUCCUGCACCCUCGUCCCUGUCUCCUCCGUCCCUGCUGUCUCUGCCAUCUUUUAAGGACGUGGGCAACGAGAGAGGAGGGGAGAAGGAGGUGUGGGUGUCUGUGUUCAGGUACUUGAACAGAGCUGAGCUGCUGGCCUGCAUGAUCGUCUGUAAGGCCUGGUACAAGUGGAGCUGUGACAAGCGUCUGUGGAGCCACGUGGAUGUGAGCCGGUGCAGCCCGCUCAGUAACCAGGCCCUGGCAGGCAUCAUUAAACGCCAGCCCACCUCUCUGGACCUGUCCUGGACCCCCCUGGCCAAGAGACAGCUCAACUGCCUGCUCACCAGGCUCCCAGGUCUGAGGGAGUUGAGGGUGACUGGUCUGUCCUGGUCCUGUCUGUCAGCCAUGGUCUCUCCCACUCUGCCCUACCUGCGGCUGCUGGACCUGCGCUGGUGUGAAGGCAUUAAAGAUGCCCAGAUUAAAGAGACCAUCACCCCGCCUGGUUCAGAGUCGUCCCGCAGCAGACUGAGGAACAUGGUGACACUGCGUCUGUCUGGUCUGGACGUCAGUGAGUCCACUCUGAGGCUGCUUCAGCGCCAUAUGCCCCAGCUGGAGAGACUGGACCUGGCUCACUGUAAAGACAUAACCGACUCGUGUAUCGCACUGCUGGCAGCAGCCGGGACUCACAGCCGCAACAGUCUCACGGAACUCACACUGGCCGGUUGUAGUGAGCUGACAGACGGCUGUCUGUCCUACCUGAAGCGACUUUCCUCUCUGACUCUGCUGGACCUCAGAGGCUGUAAGGGCAUCAGCAGACGUGCCUGUGACGCCUUCAUCUCUGACCUGUCCCAUGUUGCCCUCUACUGUAUGAUGGAGGAGAAGCUCAUCCAGCGCCUGGAUUAACAUGAACACUCGGUUAAAGCACACACAGGAGAGAAUAAAACACCUUUUUGUGUAGGUUGUUCAAAACAUGAAGCACACCAAACCUGGAGUUGGCCGUCAGAAACCCUAAACCUGAACAAACUGGCAGCUGUGGCUCCAUAGCUCCUAAAAAUCAAAAUGUCUUCUAAUACAACAUGAAUAAAGACUUUUACGUUUUGGUUUUC